AUGCCUGACCCCUUCUUCGCCUCUACAAAAACAAGAAAACGAAAACGAAGUACUUCAGUUGCAGAUGGGUCUUCUUCACGCAAACCCAACUCGAAGCUAAAGGCCGGUGGAGGAGGUCGAGCGAAAUCUUCAACAACUACUCCGAGCAAACGCGCACGAGCUCUGGAUGAGGAGCUCUCAGACAAGACGAGCGACGAUGAGGGUAGCAUUGGGGACAUGGACCUCCGCGCGGACGAUGUGGAUGAUGGAGCGAGUGGUGAAGAGGACGAAAAUGAGACUCCAGCCGAGAAGAGGUUGCGUUUAGCAAAGUUGUAUCUCGAGAGCGUCAAAUCCACACUUGCGGACGGAGAAUAUGAUGCAGCAGAGAUCGACAAGGAGCUCAUUUCCUCGAGAUUAAAGAAAGACGUCCUAGAGCAUUCAGGAAAAGUUCACAAGUUUAUCGCUGAUUCUUUCAACUUUGAAUCCCCACCAGCAGCCUCCCUCCGCGUCCGAGGUCACCGUUUCUCAAUCACAUCCGCCGUCGCAACCGAGUCUGGAAAAUACCUCUUAACCGCCGGCAAAGAAGGGAACAUCAUCAAAUGGGACCUCCAUACCGGUAAAAAACUGGCUACAUUCUACAAACAGCGGCCAGAAGCUUCGACUUCAGCGAAGGGUAAAGGAAAAGGAAAGGUUGCUGGAGGUGCAGCGGCGGCUAUCGAGGGACAUACGGAUGAGAUCUUGGGGUUGGCAGUGAGCGGGGACGAAAAAUUGCUCGCGAGUGCAGGGAGGGACAAAACAGUCGGGAUAUGGGACCUCGAAGCCGACAAAUGGGUGAAAGGCUUCUCAGGUCACCUAGCUCAUAAAGAUGCUGUCUCGUCAGUAGCUUUCAAAAAAGCCUCCCAACAACUUUAUUCUGGCUCCUUUGACCGUACAGUCAAAGUCUACGAUCUCACACCAGGUGUGAUGGGCUAUGUCGAGACGCUCUUUGGUCACCAAGACCAUAUCCUCGCUUUGGACGCUCUCCGGGGAGACAACUGUCUCUCCGUCGGUGCCCGCGACAAGACCGCGCGGUAUUGGAAAAUUCUCGACGAAACGCAACUGGUGUUUCGUGGAGGUGGACGGUCGCGGAUCCGCGAAGUCCUAGAAGGUGGAUUACAAGGGGAUGAAGAAGGGGAUAUCAACGAGGAUGAUGACAUGGACGUGGAUGGUACUGCAAAGCGAAAAAAGAAGGCAGAGGACGAGUCGAAGCAGUUUAUUGAAGGGUCGUUGGAAUGCAUUGCGAUGUUAGACGAGACUACUUUCUUGACUGGUGGUGAUAGCGGCUCGAUAUGUCUCUGGAAUACCCAGAAGAAGAAACCCAUCUUCACUCAACCCGUUGCGCAUGGCUUCCACGAAACACACUCGUCAACCGAGGGUCUGCUAAAAUCUCCACGCUGGAUAACGGCUCUCGGCACACUGCGAUACUCUGACCUAUUCUUUUCUGGCUCUUGGGAAGGAAAUCUGCGGAUAUGGAAGCUCGACUCCAAACUCAAAUCCUUCUCACUCAUCGGGGCCAUCCCGGCGCCAGGCGUAGUUAACUCACUUCAGAUUCUUCAGGCUCCGAAAACUUUAUCCAAAACGGCAUCUUGGAUAUCUUCUCCACAAUCGCAGUCUACAUCCACAUCAUCGCCCUCGAAAGACAAAGACGAUUCCACCCUUCAGACAAAACAAGACCCAAAACUCAAAACGAAACCGAAGCCCAAGGACGACGAGGACAGCAUUCUGGUUGUGGUUGGAUUGGGUCAAGAGCACCGGUUAGGGCGGUGGUUGAAGGUUACGGAGAAUGGGGCUGUGAAUAGCACACAAGUGUUGCUUUUCUCGCCUUCGUCGUAA